UUUAUGUAUAAGAAUAUUGUACAACAUAUUGCGAGAUAAGAUCCAGCUUUUCUUUAUGCUUUUUUUUUUCAAUAUUUUGAGUCAGUGAUGGGAGCAUGUAACUGGGUCCCAUUCUCAUGUGAACAUCAUUAAAGCAAUGUUUCAUUCAUAACAUGUCAAAAGUAGCUGGUUUUUGAAUUCCUGAAUUCUGAUUAUGUCGGUAGUUAAUAGUAAUGAUAGGUAGUGGAAUAAGAAUCUAGGAUCAUCAUGAAGCAUAAAGAUGGAAAACCGAUUAAUCAGCCGAACAAGAAUCGAUCUCUAACUGCGGCGAUUACUGUCAUUGUUCUGUGUGGUUUGUCCUUCUACUUAGGUGGAAUUUUUAAAUCUGCAGAUACUGAAGGUGUUGGUGUUAUCAGUGCCAUUCAGAAAACUCUUGAUUCUUCUUCGCAAUCAUCGGGUACUUUGCAAAUUAAGCCGAUUAAUUUCCCCGAAUGUGGUAAUGAUUAUCAAGACUAUACUCCAUGCACAGAUCCAAAGAGAUGGAGAAAGUAUGGUACUUAUAGGCUUACUUUGUUGGAACGACAUUGCCCUCCGAUUUUCGAGAGGAAGGAAUGCUUAGUUCCUCCUCCAGCUGGUUACAAGCCUCCAAUCAGAUGGCCUAAGAGUAGAGAUGAAUGUUGGUACAGGAAUGUGCCAUAUGAUUGGAUUAACAAACAAAAGUCUAAUCAGCAUUGGUUGAAAAAGGAAGGGGAGAAAUUUCUCUUUCCUGGUGGAGGUACUAUGUUCCCUAAUGGUGUUGGUGAAUAUGUUGAUUUAAUGCAAGAUCUGAUCCCUGGAAUUAAAGAUGGGUCUGUUAGAACUGCAAUUGAUACUGGUUGUGGGGUUGCUAGUUGGGGUGGUGACUUGUUGGAUCGCGGCGUUCUAACAAUUUCUCUUGCGCCAAGAGAUAACCAUGAAGCUCAGGUUCAAUUUGCUCUGGAGCGUGGUAUCCCGGCAAUUCUUGGUGUCAUCUCUACUCAAAGACUUCCUUUCUCAUCAAACUCGUUCGAUAUGGCUCAUUGCUCUAGAUGCCUUAUCCCAUGGACUGAAUUUGGUGGAAUUUAUCUUUUUGAAAUUCACCGAAUCCUUCGUCCGGGAGGAUUUUGGGUUCUCUCCGGCCCACCAGUUAACUAUGAGCGAAGGUGGCGCGGAUGGAAUACAACAGUGGAAGAGCAAAGAUCAGACUAUGAGAAGCUACAAGAUUUGCUCACAUCAAUGUGCUUCAAAUUAUACAACAAAAAGGAUGACAUUGCUGUAUGGCAAAAGGCCCCGGAUAACAGUUGCUACGACAGGCUCCCUAGAGAGACCUAUCCUCCAAAAUGUGACGACAGUUUCGAACCAGAUUCAGCAUGGUACACUCCGCUUCGUGCUUGCUUCGUUGUUCCAGAAGAUAAGUACAAGAACUCAGGCCUCACGUACAUGUCGAAAUGGCCUCAAAGGUUGAAUAAUGUACCCGAAAGACUUUCAGUUGUUCAAGGUUCUAGCGCUAGUACUUUCAAUCAUGAUAACAGUAAAUGGAAAAAGCGAAUUCCGCAUUACAAGAUGCUGUUGCCUGAUCUUGGAACCGAAAAGAUCAGAAAUGUGAUGGAUAUGAAUACAGCUUAUGGAGGUUUUGCUGCUGCUUUGAUUAAUGAUCCUUUGUGGGUUAUGAAUGUUGUUUCCUCUUAUGGUCCUAAUACACUCCCCGUAGUUUUUGAUCGCGGUCUUAUCGGUACCCUCCAUGACUGGUGUGAAGCUUUUUCCACAUAUCCUAGAACCUAUGACCUACUUCAUGCUGAUGGACUCUUCACUGCAGAAAGCCACAGAUGUGAAAUGAAGUUUAUGAUGUUGGAAAUGGACCGGAUUUUAAGGCCUGGCGGACACGUCAUAAUCCGAGAGGCUAGUUACUUCGCAGACGCGGUUGCAACUCUUGCGAAGGGUAUGAGAUGGAUAUGUCACAAGGAAAACACUGAGUAUGAUGUUGAGAAAGAGAAGUUAGUGAUAUGCCAGAAAAAGCUAUGGCAGCCAUCCAACUCAGGAACAAGAUGACAAACUCAUGAACCUGUGAAGGGGCGAGAGGGAAUGACUAUCUCGAAAUCGUAAUUCCAGAAGUAGAGAAACAAAGGGAAACGAAUUCGGAGUCACUCUUAACAGAAAAGAUUGAUUGAUUCUACUAUAUAAUAUACAGGCCAAGAAUCAGUCAAGUUCAAAGUUUUAUCAAAAUGAAGAAACUAGUAACUGAAUAAUUCUGAUUUUGUUAAGUUAUACAGAAAAUUUUCUUAUAGAUUAUAUAUUCUUUGUUA